AGUCAAAUUGGUCAAUAAAAUUACAAACAAAAAAGACACUUGAGAUAUAUUUGCAAUUUAGAUAUAUAUAAGGACUAUAAUGACAUCACUUCAAACUUUCAAGGAUCAAGAUGAGGACUACCCUUCUAAAUGAGCAUGAACUAUCGAUAAAAAUUUGUUAGUGUUACUCGAAAAAUUAUCGAUAAACUUAUAGCCACGUGUGUAGAGGGUAAUAUCGUAAGUUUAGUACGAAAUCUAUGUUGCUAACCGCAGCGGAAAAGAGACCCAUCCAGUAUUAUUACUUCAGGCUCCUCACGGAACGCAACGUAAUAAGGUGUCACAAACACAAAGAACCCUAAAAAAAAAAAACAUGAACAUGAAGCCCUAGAAAUUAAUUCUUCAGAGAAGCAAUUUCGCACUCUUCUAUCUCUCAAUCUUUAUUUUCUCUUAUCAUCAUUGUUUUCCAUAAAUUCUCAACUUUAAUUUUUGCGUGUUUCGUUUCUUUUUUGUUAUUUUUUUUUCGACAUUGUUCUGCUUCAGUGUUUUCAGGAGUAAAUCAAUUUGGUUGCAUUCGAUUUGCUUGUUGGGGACUCUAAUUUUCGAAGCUAUUUUCUGUUUCUUCAUCUUCGGUGAUUGUUUUCUGUUCUCCAAUUAGGGUUUCGGUAAACGAAGCUACGGAAUUUUUCAUCGAUUCUCCGCAAACUAUCAUCACUGUUUAGGAAGGUGUUUUGUUAUUUAUAAUUUAGAUAAAAUGUCAUCGAAUUCAAAAUACCCGAUUUUGGACGAUAAGCCCAUUAACCAGUGGAAGGUUACAGCGUUGAAAGAGGAAUUGAAGAGAAGGAAGUUAGCUACCAAAGGUUUGAAGGAAGAUUUAAUUAACCGUUUGGAUGAAGCUCUUCGCAAUGAAAGGGAGACUGCUGAGGCUUCCCCUGAACAGGAGGCUGCUGUGGGUUCGGAGAAGGAUGGGGCUAAUGGUUUAAACGCUCAAGUAGAUGGGGUGAAAGAUGCCCAGACUGAUAAUGUGGACGCUGAAGUCGUUGAUACGAUUGAAAAGGAGAAUUUCCAAACAUUUGAAACUUCUGAACAGGGGAAUAGUGAUGCAGUGAAGGUUUCAGAGGUUGUGGAUAAUGACAGUAUUAAGAAUGUUGAGCAGGAUGGUGUUACCGAACCAGUUGACGUUAAUAAUAGUGUGUCGGCCAUGGAUGUUGAAGGUGAACAUGCAGUUUUGCCUGUUGGUGGUGAAUCUGCUAAUGUGGGAGAGGAGGUAGUUGCCCAUCCUUCUACUGUGGAGACCACUGUUACAGUCACCGAGACCGUGGUCACAGAGACUGUAUCAACAGAAGCAGUAGUCAGUGGUCAGGAUUCUUAUAGUUCAGAGAAGAAUAAUGAGGAUUCAGCAAUCAAGCUAGAGAAUGAGGAAUCAAAGGCGCAGCUGGACAUUGAGGACUCAAAGCCCCAAUUGGAGUCUGACACAAAGCCCCCAUCCGACGAUCCCGUGCCCGACUCUUCUGCACCCGAAAACCAGGUAUCUGAGGUCAACCCUAGUUUAGGGUCUCAAGUAAAAUCUGAUUCUUUUUCUACUGAUUCUGUGUCAAUUAAUCAAAAGAAUGAACUAAAGGAUACUAUAAUUGCUAAUAAUAAUGUCAAAUUAGAACAAGAUAAUGUUAGGCCGGAGAUGGUGGAAGAACCAUCGUCCAGAAAUGUACCUGUUUAUGAUGAAUUGCAUUCAAUGGAUGUUGGAGGGCUGCAUGAAAAAAAGCCAUCUGUUGAAGAAAAUAACAACAGUGUUACAAGUCCAGACUUGAACAAAACCAAUAGUAGUGAUGAUGUAGGGUAUCCAGAAAAGUUGAACUUGGACAGAAGUUCUGGUGAUGAUUCCAUGGAAGAGGACUUGCCUGAGACUAGGCAAUAUGAUUCUAAGUUUAAUGUUGAUGAACUUGUAGAGAAAGUUGAGAAUAAUGAAGUACCUAUGGUCAAGGAGGAAAGGAAUACAACAGAUGUGGGAGAUGGUGUAUCCGCAAGAAAAAGCGAUACCCACCAAGAUAUUGACAUUAGUCCUGUUUCCCUUACUGAGAAGCGAAAAUAUCCUGAACAAACAUUAGCUGCGAACAUUGAGCCUGCAAAAAGGCAGCGCAGGUGGAACACUGAAACAGUUAAAGGGUCAGAUCUGCAAAGCACUACUCCCAGAUCUGCUACUACACCCAAGGAUGGGCAAAUUACUCUGAAGCGCAACUUCUCUAGGUCUAAUUCCUCUGCAACUGAUGACACCCCUAAAGAACGCAUUGUUCCACCAUCUCGAAGGACCCCAACUAAUUCCCUCAGGAUUGAUCAAUUCCUUCGUCCAUUUACCCUAAAAGCAGUGCAAGAACUUCUUGGGAAAACUGGGAGUGUUAGCAGUUUCUGGAUGGACCAAAUAAAGACCCAUUGCUAUGUUACUUACUCAUCCAUCGAAGAGGCCACUGAGACACGGAAUGCUGUGUAUAAUUUGCAAUGGCCUCCAAAUGGUGGGCGACUCUUAGUUGCUGAGUAUGUUGAUCCUGAAGAAGUGAAAAUGAAGUUAGAAGCUCCUCCUACUCCAACUGCCCCUGUCAUCAGUGCUCCAACAGUUCCUCCCGCACCACCUUCGCAGCCAGAGCCUUCCCCACGUCAGCAGAGGGAGCAGCUUCUUCCAGUUACUCUCCCACCUCCACCUCCAUUGUCAAGGCCCCCACCAGUUGCAAGAGAACGUCUUCCAUCUCCCCCACCCCUUCCUGAGAAAGCGGACCCACCUAUUGUCACUCUGGACGACCUCUUCCGCAAAACCAAAGCAACUCCUCGGAUCUAUUAUUUACCUUUGUCUGAAGAGCAAGUUGCUGCAAAACUUGCGGCACAAGGUAAAAAUACGAGGCAGUAGGCACUUAGCCUGCGAUUUGUCUCAGGUAGCUUGAAGCUUUCUUAUUUAUGGCCAUCGUGCUAGUUAUUAGUGGUAUUAUGGAAGCUUUGAGUGCAUCUUGGCAGGUCUGCUGGUGUUUGUAUCAGAUAAAAAUUGUCAUUUGAGAACUUAAAUUUCUGUUAGUGUUAGAACUUCAUAAACUAAGAGCCACUUGGGUGGAUAUAUUUUCCUUGCUGUUUGAAUUAGUUUUAGUGAACCUUUUCCUAAAUAUUUUAGACUUUGAUGAAAACAAUUGACAUUAGCUUAUGUUUAUUCUGCUGCCAUGGAAAUGGAACUCAACUGUGGGAUCAUUCCGUUAAUGGUAUGUAAUUGUUUUUUGUUUGUUGAUGCA